AUGGAGCAACCUCUGGCAAAAUCAGCCAAACACGCCGACUUCGUCUACAAGCAACUUGUCAGAGCCGAUGAGCUCUACGACGACGACUCAUUGGACGAGUGCGUGAAUCUCCUCUACGACCUCAUCGAGAACUAUGACAUGGCCUCACUCUCGAGGCUCAAGACUCCGGGAAUGCUAUGCAUGCUUAUCGACGACUGGGAGUACGCUGAAGCUUGUCGCCUUGAGGCUGAGCACCUCUACUCCGCCUGCAGCAAACAUCCUGAGCGCUACGAUCCAGAUCUCCUGGCCAGGUUCNCGCGCUCCUCUGGACGAACCCGCAAUGACAUGGGCAAACAAACCAGUCUCGGAAAUGACGGACGCAGAGAUCGACUACCGGUUGAGAGAAAUUGGAGUCAAAGUAAGUGA